UAUCGUAGUCGGAUUGUAUAUCCUGAUUAAAUCCAUUUGACAGCUCAGAGAUCUAACACAAUUAAGUCAGUCAAUCUCUAUAUAUACUACCCCCCCUACUCCUACAUGUCUCUGCAUAUCUUCCUAUUCUUCUCUUCUUCUUUCUAAUUCUCAGUUCUCUUCUCUCUCUCUCGAUACAUUUAUAGAUAGAUUAGAUAUAGUCUGUAAUUAUAUCCCUUCUCAUCUCCUACUUUUACUCAAGUAAAAAUGGCGGGCGGUGGGUGGUUUUGCCCCUGGUGCCGGGAACGGGAAAGAAUAUCCCGGCAACCUCACGCCGUAUGUUAUCGUCACUUGUGUCAUUGCGGCCAUGGGUGGUCUUAUUUUUGGUUACGACAUUGGAAUAUCAGGUGGUGUGACGUCUAUGGACUCGUUCUUGGAGAAGUUCUUCCCGUCGGUGUACAGGAAGCAGAAAGCGGACGAUUCCACAAACCAGUACUGUAAAUUUGACAGCGUCACACUUACUCUGUUCACGUCGUCCUUGUACUUGGCCGCGCUUUUGUCGUCGGUUGUGGCCUCGACAGUGACCAGAAAACUGGGAAGAAAACUGUCAAUGCUGCUCGGCGGCGUGCUGUUCUGCGCCGGGGCCCUGAUCAACGGAUUUGCCCAGGGUGUCUGGAUGUUGAUUGUCGGCCGUAUUUUACUGGGUUUCGGAAUUGGGUUCGCCAAUCAGUCAGUGCCACUCUACCUCUCUGAGAUGGCUCCUUACAAGUACAGAGGUGCCCUCAACAUAGGAUUUCAGCUGUCCAUCACAAUCGGCAUCCUGGCUGCCAAUGUAUUGAACUACGGCUUUGCAAAAAUUAAGGGCGGAUGGGGUUGGAGGUUGAGCUUGGGUGGCGCAAUGGUCCCUGCUCUUAUCAUCACUGUCGGCUCACUAGUCCUUCCCGAGACACCAAACUCCUUAAUCGAGCGUGGCCAGCAGGACGAUGCUCGGGCCAAGUUGAAGAGGAUCCGUGGCUUAUCCAACGUGGACGAAGAGUUCCAUGACUUGGUCGCGGCCAGUGAGGCGUCACAAAAAGUGGAGCAUCCCUGGAGGAACCUCCUACAGAGGAAGUAUAGGCCUCAUCUAACAAUGGCUAUUGCCAUUCCCUUCUUUCAGCAGCUGACAGGCAUCAAUGUCAUCAUGUUUUAUGCCCCCGUCUUGUUUAAAACAAUCGGGUUUGGAGCUGAUGCCUCACUGAUGUCUGCUGUGGUCACUGGUGGCGUGAAUGUUCUGGCGACUGCCGUUUCCAUAUACGGUGUGGAUAAGUGGGGUAGAAGGUUCCUCUUCCUUGAAGGUGGUAUCCAAAUGCUCAUUUGUCAGGUUGCAGUUGCAAUUUUCAUAGGGCUAAAAUUUGGAGUGGAUGGAAAUCCAGGCGAAUUACCAAAGUGGUAUGCAAUUGUGGUAGUCGCAUUUAUAUGUGUGUAUGUAGCUGGAUUUGCUUGGUCAUGGGGACCUCUCGGCUGGUUGGUGCCAAGUGAAAUCUUCCCACUCGAAAUCCGGUCUGCUGCACAGAGUCUCAACGUUUCCGUGAACAUGAUCUUCACUUUCAUCAUAGCUCAGGUCUUCCUGACUAUGCUCUGCCACCUGAAGUUUGGACUGUUCUUGUUCUUCGCCUUCUUUGUGGUGGUCAUGACUAUCUUCAUAUACUUUUUCCUGCCGGAGACGAAGAACAUUCCGAUUGAAGAGAUGGUGGUUGUGUGGAAGGAGCACUGGUUCUGGUCCAGGUUUAUGACUGAAGUUGAUUACCCUAACGGAUCGUUGGAAAUGAACAAGGGCGGAGAUAAGAGCCUCAAAGUAUGAUACAUAAAAAGCGGAUUGCAUUGUUUGCUGGAUAGGAUAUUAGGAACCAGCUUUAAGCUGUAUUUAGCUUACUCUGUUACAAAUAUUUCAAGUGCUUCAAAGUAAUUGUUGAUCACUCUAUUGCUGAAAUUUCCUUAUCCCAUGUUUCAACAAUUCUUACAGCAGUAAAUAUUAUUGAUAUUGUACCAAAAACA